CCUAAUUGAUUGAAGCAGUAAAAUUUACACCAAUUUUGCUGCAGCAUUCGCUCUUUUACUCACCUCCUUGGGGGAGAGAAAAGAUGAAGCCAAAGAUUGAGAGAGAGAAAGAGAGAAUUUGGUACAAGCUGGUAACAGCAUGCCCCCUAUCAUUGUCGAACGAAGGCGGUGUAGACGGCACCAGCUCGCUGGGCACCUUUACUUUACUUUUCUUUUCUUUUCCUUUUCUGCCUGAUGAUGGCGGUCUCCUCGCCGCGUCAGUUUCACACGGUAAAGCGAGCCCCAAAGCGCGACGAUCUGAUCUCCUUCCUUCGGCCGGGAAGCAAAAAGAUGAGAAAAGGUGCCUCUCUGCCAUGGGCACAACAGCUGGAGCCGACGGCUGCGCCAUGUGCGGGCCGCGUACAAUGCAGGCAGCAGGUGAAGAGCAGAGAUUGACCUGGUGGAGUCCUGGACGGACGAGGACGAUCUCUCGUCUCGUCGCUUGCUGGCCAGAGUCGCAUGCAGCUCCGAUCCAGGUCGGAUUCACUUCAGGUUCAGGAUGGAAGGACCAACUCAUGACUCCUUUGUACUCUAAAAUGCAUUGUCAUGUCCCUCGAGCUUAAAAAUAAGGUAGUAGACAAGACACAUAGUAUAUCUUUUUUGGCUUGUAAAGUGACUAGCUAAUUUUAGUUAAAUCCAAUUGUAGGUCAUUUAUUUCUAGCCGAUGCGGGUUGUGCAGCAUGACCUAGCAUAUUACCUCCAUAGAGGGAUGUUCGGUACCAUCUUAAGAAUAUGCUUUGCACAACUUCAUAAUAGAGGAUGUCACUAAUAUUUAUGUUUAUGAAGAUGAGGCAUGGUUUGGAAGUCUUCCAAGAAGCAAUCAUUACCAUGUUGAUAUGAAUAGAGAUAAUCAACUUUGGGCGGCCAACAUGUGCGAUCAGCUAGUUCAACAAAUGCGGGACGAUUGGAACCAAAGUUGAUGUUUUUCUUGUUGCAUGUAACUGCAUUCAGACCUUAUUUAUGGUUUUAAGUGGUUGUUUUCAGACCAUGUUUACGUUUUAAAGUGGUUGAAUUUAGACCAUGCAUUUAGACCCUAUUUUAUGGUUUUAAGUGGUUGUUUUCAUAUCCUAUUUUAUAGUUUUAAGUGGCUGUAUUCAGACCAUGUUUAUGUUUUUAAGUGGUUGUAUUGAGACCCUAUUUAAUGGUUUGAAGUGGUUGUAUUUAGACCC